AUGUAUGCAUUGACUAUUAGUGUUGAGGGUGACUGCUACUUGAGGGUACCGCCCGACCCGGGUAUAGGGACCAGUGAGACUGCCGCUCUAGGUGCUAGUGCGUCUGCUGCCCUACGUCCUGGUGAGGCUGCUGCUCUAGGUGCCAGUGAGUCUGCUGCUCCAGGUGCUUGUGAGUCUGCGCCUGCUGGUACUGCGUCUACUGAGGCACUGCACACCUUCACACUGGAGUCAGGUGCUUCCCGCUGCUUCUUUCGUGACCGCACUGUCCUUGAGCCGCUAGCUCGACCAGUUGCUGUCUCUCUCGCUGACCCCUCUAGGGGUCCAGUCCUUGCGACCUCCUCCACUGUCCUCCCUUGUCCGGCGGUUCCGGCCGGCACCCUGUCGGGUCUUUACCUCCCCUCAUUCUCUACGAACUUGGUGGCGGGCUCUGCUCUCCAGGACGGGGGUGUUCACCAGUUCACCCCUGCCAAUGAGCGUAUGACCCACUGCACGUGUGCUCGGGUUCUCCCUCCUCUCCCACCCUCGCCUGCUCCUCCCUGUCUUCCCUGUGUCGAGGGGCGGCAGCGCGCCACUCCUCACUCCUCCUCGUUUCCUCCCACAGAGGCUCCUCUGCAGACUCUCCACCUGGACGUGUGGAGCCCAGCCCGCGUCCGUGGACAGGGCCACGAGCGGUACUUCCUGCUGGUCGUCGACGACUACACGUGCUACACCACGGUCUUCCCCUUGCGCACCAAGGGAGAGGUCCCUGAUUUCAGUACGCUGCGCAUCAGCUCAACCUCUGGCCCCGUGUCUCUGCUUCCGGAGACCUCGCCCACAAUGCGUUGGACGGGGAAGGUUGGCGAUGCGUCGGUGUUCCGAGUCUGGGGAUGUCGAGCCUUUGUCCGUGAUACGUCCGCGGACAAGCUCUCCUCCCGUGUCGUUCCCUGCGUCUUUCUAGGCUUUGUCCCUGACGCGCCUGGCUGGCAGUUUUACCACCCCACCUCGCGGCGUGUCUUCCCCUCUCAGGACGUCACUUUUGAUGAGUCGGUACCCUUUUACCUUCUGUUCCCCUAG